UAUAGCAUUUCCUACUUCGACUUCGACCUCUGACGUAAUGUUUGUGUUUAUAUUUUGGUUAAGAUCAAGUUCAGCCUUGGUAACGCUGUGGGCUCAAGAAAAAUUUUAGUUCCAGUUUUAUUCUAUUACUUACGUUAUUACUAACAACCAAUUAAUGAUUUAAUAUUUAUUACCAAAAUUCUGAUCUAAUGCAACAUUAUAAUAUGAAUGAAUUGGUUUUACUAGUAGUAUACCCUUUAUUUUUUAAAUUAAUUUAAAUCACGGAAGAUUUUAGUAAUAAGACUAGAUUUUUUCUAUACUUUAUUAUUUUAAAAAUAUUUAAAUGCAUACAAAAAUUAUAGCUUUUGAAUGAAUUUCUAUGAAAUAGUGAUCGGUUUUAUUAGGUCAAUAAUGAAUAUAUUUAUCAGCCAAAGAGUGAUUGACACUCAAAAAAAUUACCUAAAAAUAUUCGUAAAAUGUGGAGCUGAUACGAUGGUCCCUGUUAAUGUGGAAAAUAAUUGGACUGUGGGUGAUUUAAAAGCAAAUGUAGCAUCUAAAUUAUGUCUGAAAGCUGAGGAUAUUAGGAUAAUAUUUUCGGGCAAAGAACUUCAUGAUGAUGUCGAAUUUCAGGACUGUGAUGUUGGUGAACAAAGUAUCAUUCAUGCUGUUCCACACACCAAAAAAUUAAUGGAUAUAUCAGUAGAAAAUAAAUGCCCAUUGAAUCAAACUCCAUUUUGUUCUGAUGAUUUUACAGAAGAUAAGAAAACAUCUCCAAAGAGCCACUUUUAUGUUUAUUGCAAUGAUCCAUGCAAAAGCAUGCACCCGGGAAAAUUGAGAGUAAGGUGCUCUUCUUGUAAAGAAGGAACUCUAAUUGUUAAUCAGGAUCCAACUUGUUGGGAAGAUGUAUUAGUUCCAGGUAAAAUUAACGGUGUGUGUCAAUAUGAAAAGUGUGAAGGUACACAUGCAGAGUUUUAUUUCAAAUGUACAAGCCAUGUUUCGAUACCUCACGAUCAAGCUGUUCCUUUAUAUCUCAUAAAAAACAACUUCAAAAGUGUUCCAUGUAUUGCCUGUACAGAUACCAGGGAAAUUGUAUUAGUAUUUCCUUGCACUAGUGGCCAUGUAAUUUGUGUGGAUUGUUUUCGGCUUUAUUGUUUAUCACGUUUGGGUGAAAGGAGAUUUAUUCAAGAUUCUACUAUUGGAUAUUCUAUUGAUUGCCCAGCUGGCUGUUCAGAUUCAUUGAUUAAAGAACCACAUCAUUUCAAAUUGCUUGGAGAAGAAGAAUACUCCAGAUAUCAAAGAUUUGGUGCUGAAGAAUGCCUUCUGCAAGAUGGUGGAGUGCUCUGUCCUCAGCCAAAUUGUGGUGCUGGUAUUUUACCGGACACUCACUGUACACGAGUUGUUUGCUCUCAAAAUGCAGGAGGAUGUGGAUUUGUAUUUUGUAAAGAAUGUAUGCAAGGUUAUCAUGUUGGGCCUUGUGAACCUCCUGAAGGAAUUUCAGUCAGUGAUAGGAUAAACUAUACAAUAAUAGACGAGAGAGCGUCUAGCUCAAAGUGGGAUGAAGACAGUAAGAAAACAAUUAAGGUCACUACAAAGCCAUGUCCAAAAUGUCGCACUCCCACUGAAAGAGAUGGUGGCUGUAUGCAUAUGGUUUGUACACGAUCUCAAUGCGGAUAUCAUUGGUGUUGGGUUUGCCAAACAGAAUGGACUCGUGAAUGUAUGGGCAAUCAUUGGUUUGGUUAAUUACUCAAAUGGACUGUAUUUUUCCUUUUAAACAAGUGCCUAUAGGAAGCAAUUUUAAAAUUGGUGGCCAUAUAAUUUUUGUUAAGUUUUUGUAUUUCAUGUGAAAUACAAGUAGUUUUUGAAAACUGUGAUAUCUUAAAAUGCAAGAUUUUAUUUAUUUUAUUUCCUAGAUGCAUUGCUCAGUUUUUAUGUAUAAACUGUAAUGAAACUGAAUUUAAACAACCAUCUCUUUAUUUUGAAAUCAUUGAU